AUGCCAUUGUUUUCAAACAAGAAGCAAGGCUGGUAUAAUACUAGGACCAACUGUUUUAGGAGUACACCUCCCAGUGUUGAAGAUGCAUUGUGCCCUGAAGAAGGAGGGGUUCUUGUCAAAAUGUUAACGAAACUUGGGUACAUGUUCUUGAUGGGAGUAAAUAUGGAUACAAGAAUGGUGUUGAAAUAUGGAGAUAAGGCCUGGGCUAUAGCCAUUUUUUCGAUUGUAAUCCCCUUAGGAUACACCUUGAUCAUCUCUGAAAUGGUUUUGGCCAAGGUUGCGGACAAGAGCAUGAUUGGUCCAUUUGCGGACAGGGCCAAUGCUAUAUCGACCCACAUCUUCACUGCAGAACAACAUCCUUCUGGCAACACAUGUUCUUUGCUUUGUAUCUCCAUGCUCAGGGAAGAUCAGAGCGAGAUGAGUCCACCCAUAGAAGAAGAUCAGACAAAAACAAUGCCCGGCCCCAACAAGGACUACUGUGUAGCUGAAAUUUUGCCGCUCCAUUCACCGGGCAUAUUCAACCUACCAAAAAAUAGAAGCUUUAACACUUACGCUUUGCCCGAGCUUCACUUGCAAUUGGCGAUGAUUUUCAUCGUCACUCAAUCUACGCACAUGGUGUUGAAACGCUUCAAUGUGUCCCGGACCGUCUCCGAGAUCCUUGCUGGUAUAAUACUAGGAGAGAGUUUUCUGGGAUCAAUUCCGGGAUUUAACGAGACAUUCUUCCCCGUACUUUCAACUGUUUAUCUGGACCUGGUAGCUAAAACUGGCUACAUUUUAUUCAUGUUCCUCAUAGGAGUGAAGAUGGAACCAAGCAUGAUGAUGAGAACUGGUAAAAAGGUCUGGACUUUGGCAUUAUCAUCGGUCAUAAUUCCCAUACUUGCAGGCAUUUUCUUUUCAUCAAAGCUGACCUAUACUGACUUCAGUGUCAUACCAACCAUCAACAACGUUAUAUUAACACAAACCUUUAGCCCAUUUCCUGUCAUUGCUUGCCUCCUCAAUGACCUGAAAAUCAUAAACUCUGAGCUCGGCCGCCUUGCUUUAGCUACAGCAUUGAUCAGGGAGUUACUCAGUUUAGCAAUCCAUACUCCACUCAACUAUACUAGAGUUUCAGCGUUAGUAGGGUCGCUUGUGACCGGGGGACUCACCCUAGCUCUGUUCCUAAUUUUCAUCAUUUCCAUUGUGUUCUUCCUGCGCCCAGUGUUUCUAUGGAUCAUUCGACAGACACCGGAAGGGAAGCCAGUGGACGAAUUGUACAUCACCUUCAUUUCUUGUGGGGUUCUCCUCUCGGCCAUAAUCAGUGACUUCUUAGGGGCUCAGAUGUACCAUGUCGGUCCUUUGAUACUCGGCCUGGCCAUUCCUGUCGGACCUCCUCUAGGAUCCACACUGGAAGAAAGGUUUGACACCUUUGUCACGGGCUUCUUUACGCCGGUGCUUAUGACCUUAUGCGGCAUGAAAACCAAUUUUCAUUCUGUAAUUAACCUGUUUGUCAUGAAAAUGUUAUUGACCGUCUGCGCCGUUGGUACCAUAAUUAAUUUUAUAGGAAUUUUUCUUCCUUCGUUGACAUGGAAAAUGCCUCUCAAAGAUGCAACUACUCUCUCACUCAUCCUGAGUUCUCAAGGCAUUGUCGAGAUGGCCGGGCUUCUCAGCCUCACACAAAAUCAGUUAUCAUCUUAUUCAACUAGACUAAUAACUCUCUCUCUCUCUCUCUCUCAAAUUGAAGCACAGACAAUAAAUCGAGAAGCUUUCUCCAUUGUUACUCUUAUAGUCUUACUAGCAGCACUGAUCGUACCAUGGCUUGUGAGACAUCUCUACGACUUUUCAAGAAUAUAUAUAGGCUAUCAGAAAAGAAAUAUUCUACAGUCACCAGUCAAUGCCGAAAUGCGAAUAUUUGUCUGUAUCCAUAGACAAGACGAGGCCCUGGCAGCCAUUAAGCUCCUUGAAGUUUCCAAUCCUACCAGAGAAAGUCCUCUGCAUGUCCAUGUACUCCACCUCAUGGAGCUCAAAGGCCGAGCCACCCCAGUCUUAAUCAACCACAAAUUCGGCCAAAAGAUAUCCGCUGUCUCUCGUUCACGGCAGAUCAUUGACAUUUUCAAUUACUAUGAGAAUCAAUUCUUAGGAUUGGUCCAUGUGCAAGCCUUCACUGCAAUAUCAAUGCCAAAGUUCAUGCACUACGACAUUUGUACACUAGCCUUUGACAAGUUGACGUCGCUUGUAAUACUUCCAUUUCAUAGAAAAUGGAAUUCUCAAGGCAAAAUGAUUGUCGACAACAAUACCUUGAGGUCAAUCAACCAUCAGGUCAUGGAGUUGGCCCCUUGUUCAGUUGGCAUUCUUGUCGACCGUCGCAAAAUACAGCGCACCACGCCAGUUUCGCCGCUGUAUCGUGUGGCUGUACUCUUCUUGGGAGGUGAUGAUGAUCGUGAAGCAUUGGCUUAUGCCAAACGGAUGGCGCAAUCCCCAGCUGUUCACUUGACAGUCAUGCGGUUAGUGGCUGAGGUGAAUAUGGGUGAGGACAACUGGGAGACCAUGCUUGACGCAGAGAAUUUGAAGGACAUAAGGCUGCAAAGUUCACCUAGAGGUAAUGUAAUGUAUAGAGAGGAGAAGGUGCGAGAUGGACCGGGGACGGCUCUGGUAAUCCGUACCAUGGAGGAAAUUUGCGACCUGAUCAUGGUGGGGCGGCGACACAGAUUGGAUUCACCGGUGCUAUCAGGCCUGUUAGAGUGGACUGAGUUGCCAGAGCUUGGGGCAAUCGGAGACCUACUUGCAUCCCCAGAUACUAGUCAACCAGUUUCAAUACUGGUGGUGCAACAGCAGCAAACCAAGUUCAAGGCAAAGUAGCAAUUUAAGUUGAGAUACUAAAAUGUACAGGUAUUUGAAUUAAC